UUCUACCAAAAGAGUUGCACUUAUCUGUCAAAGUGUCAGCGUCACAAAGAACACUUGCCAUUUUGCUCUCGUGAAGAAACACUUACAUAAAGCUGGUCGACUUGUGUAUAAAGCCUAAUGGUUCUUUAAUUAAUAUCCAUCCCUCAGAUUUUGUUAUCUUGGCCCUUUGGAUUUUGGUUCCAUUUCGGUUUCUCGGUCCUCACAGUUUCAUUGGCUUUGGGCAACCAUGAAUGCUCUUGUAGCAAUGAACCGCAACUUUCGACAUGCAGCUCGUCUUCUUGGUUUGGAUUCCAAGCUUGAAAAGAGUCUUCUCAUACCCAUUAGAGAAAUCAAAGUUGAAUGUACGAUCCCGAAGGACGAUGGGACUCUGGCUACCUAUGUUGGAUUUAGAAUUCAACAUGACAAUGCUCGGGGGCCGAUGAAAGGCGGAAUCCGUUACCACCCUGAGGUUGACCCAGAUGAAGUGAAUGCUCAGGCUCAACUAAUGACAUGGAAGACAGCUGUGGCAGACAUUCCAUAUGGUGGAGCAAAGGGUGGGAUUGGCUGCAACCCAAUGGACCUAAGUAUUAGUGAGUUAGAACGUCUGACUCAUGUUUUUACUCAGAAGAUUCAUGACCUCAUUGGAGUUCACAGGGAUGUUCCGGCCCCUGACAUGGGAACUAACGCACAGACAAUGGCAUGGAUUCUUGAUGAGUACUCAAAGUUUCAUGGACUUUCACCUGCAGUGGUGACAGGGAAACCAAUUGAUCUUGGGGGUUCACUGGGAAGGGAGGCUGCAACAGGACAUGGUGUGGUUUUUGCAACAGAGGCUUUACUUGCUGAAUAUGGGAAGUCAAUCGCUGAUACGAAGUUCGCCCUACAGGGUUUUGGAAAUGUCGGUUCAUGGGCAGCAAAGUUUAUUCAUGAGAAAGAAGGCAAGGUUGUUGCUGUUAGUGACAUUACUGGUGCAGUUAAAAACCCAAGUGGAAUUGAUAUCGCAGCUCUGCUGAAACACAAAGAGACCACUGGAACUUUAAAGGAUUUCCAAGGUGGAGACUCCAUGGACCCAAAUGACUUACUUGUUCAUGAAGGUGAUGUUCUCAUCCCUUGUGCCUUAGGUGGAGUUAUUAACAAGGAAAAUGCUGCUGAUGUUAAGGCGAAAUUCAUAAUAGAAGCUGCCAAUCAUCCCACUGACCCAGAAGCAGAUGAGAUCUUAUCUAAGAAUGGAGUUGUUAUACUCCCUGACAUAUAUGCAAAUUCCCGUGGUGUAAUUGUGAGCUAUUUUGAAUGGGUACAGAACAUUCAUGGACUCAAGUGCGAAGAAGAGAAAGUGAACUCCGAGCUUAACAGGUACAUGAGGAGUGCCUUUCAUGAAAUCAAGGCAAUGUGUAAACGUCAUGAGUGCAACCUGCGAAUGGGUGCCUUCAGUUUGGGGGUGAACCGGGUUGCACGUGCUAACCUCUUGAGGAGUUGGUCUGCUUUGUGCACGAGGCCAUCUCGUACUCGUCCUUUUCUUUAUCCAUCUUAUGAUCCGGAGGAUAUCAUCUAAGUGGA